AUACCAAGCAAUGAAAAAUCAUCAGUUGCCUUGAAAAAACUGCAAGCUUUUAGCUAAGGAAGAUCUAUUGUUUAUCUUUGAAAAAAAAAAUCACUGGGGAAGAGGAGUUAAAAAUGAUCACUUAAAUACAUUAAUAAAGUGCAAGUUUGGUGAAAGAAUAUUCUGUAAAAUGAAAAGAGUUUCAGCAUUUUCAGUGUUCAAUAGCAAUGUGAAAAAAAAGGCCAAAGAAGAGCUAGUGGUUGCAAGACCACCAAUCAAACAAGAUGAUAAAAGUAUGAUACCUCUGAGAAGGGCACAUUCCUCUCAGUCGAUGAUGGUGAGAAAUGAGAAACCAAAAGAAUCAGGCAGUGGCUCUAAAAGCAAGAGAUUUUUGAAUGCUCUACGAAGUGGUAACAUUAGAGAAAGUAUGCGUUUGUCCAGCAAAAAAAAUCGUCCAUCCUCACUGACAUCAUUGAAUCAAGAUAGUCCUUUUCCUGGCCUUGCAAACAUUUCAUUAGCUGGUCCAAAAGUGAACGAUGAAACUGUGAAACCAGUGGCAAGAAAAAAGUUACUUGACUCUACAAAUCAACUAGCAUUGGGAAGUGCAACAGAUCUAUCAAAAAAUGCUCAAGAGCAGAAGUCAGGUGAUGAAAAUACUACAAGGACUUCAAGACAAAGUGUUGAGAAAUCACCAAAAGAAAAAAAAGAUGUCACCUCAGUUAAAACUGUAAAAAAUGCCCAAACAACACCAGUGUCUUUGAAAGGAUCUGCUAAGAAGUCACCAAAAAUGACACCGGUUCUGCCGAUAGAAUCUUCUUGUAAAAAUGCACUUAAUCACAGCACGCCUAUUGCAACACCUAAAUCUAGCAAGUCAAAAGAUGCUAGUGUCAAAAUGGCUAACAGUGAAGAUAGAGAUGGCAGGAGAGGGAAGAAACGCAAAGAUCUACAGGCUUCAAACAGUGGGAAAAAGAAAAGAAAAAUUGAUCGAUCUGUUUUAAAGGCAAGUGUUGCAAACCAAGACCUACCUUACAUGUAUGACAGUUUUACUGAAGCCAGCAAACUUUUUGAAUGCAUGAUACACCCAGUGAAAACAGACAGAUUCUUUUCAGAAUUAUGGGAAAAAAAGCCGUUGCUAGUUAAACGCCACACUGCAGACUACAACAAGGGUUGGUUCUCAACAGCUGAGCUGGACAAAAUUUUAAGACAAGAGAAUAUCCAGUGGGGUGUUAACCUUGAUGCCACUUCAUUUAUUAAUGACAAAAGAGAAACACACAACCAAAUGGGAAGGGCUCAUGCACCUGUUGUCUGGGACAUGUAUCAGGCUGGCUGUUCUCUGAGACUACUCAACCCACAGACUUAUAGCCGUAAUGUAUGGAAAGUUCUAUCAAUACUGCAAGAAUAUUUCGGUUGCUGUGUAGGAGCAAACAUUUAUCUGACGCCUCCAGGAACUCAAGGCUUUGCUCCACAUUAUGAUGACAUUGAAGCUUUUAUUCUGCAACUUGAAGGUAAAAAACAUUGGAGACUGUACAACUCAAGAAAUAAUGAUGAAAUUCUUCCAAGAUUCUCCAGUGGUAAUUUUUCUCAAUUAGACUUAGGAGAACCUAUUUUGGAUACUGUCCUUGAGGCAGGAGACUUGCUGUAUUUUCCUCGAGGCACAAUACACCAGGGCAAUGCAACAGAUGAACAUUCCUUGCAUAUAACAGUCUCUUGUUAUCAGAUGAACUCUUGGGGAGAUCUCUUGCAAAAAUUACUGCCAGCUGCUGUUGAAAUAGCUAUGCAAGAAAACACAGAGUUUAGAACAGGCUUACCUAGAAAUUACUUGAACUACAUGGGUAUUGUUCAUUCUGACAAGGAUAUUCCAGAGAGAAAGUCAUUUAUUGAUCAAGUAACAUCUCUAGUGACAUCACUGAUGGAAUAUCUUCCUGUAGACUCUGCCUGUGAUCAAAUGGGAAAACAAUUCAUGUUUGACUCCAUGCCUCCAGUGUUAUCUGAAGGUGAAAAAAGUUGCAGCAUCCAUGCAGCAGGAGAGAGAUGGGAUCCCAUACUGAAAAGAGUUGUGGGGGUGUCUGAACUCCAGCCUGAUACUGCAGUGAAGCUGAUAAGGAGGUCUGCUGUUAGAUUGUUGACUGAAGAAGAGAAGGUCAGGGUCUAUUACAAUGUAGAGAAUGCAAGAGUUUACAGAACAGGAGAACCAAACUUCAUAGAGAUCACAGCAGAAAUGGCUCCAGCAGUUGAGUUUUUGAUAAAUGCUUACCCAGAAUACACCAGUAUAGAGAGUUUACCAUUAGAGAAUAUUGCUGAUCAGUUAAGUAUAGCAACAAUUUUGUAUGAAAAAGGCCUUCUGAUAACUGGAGAACCACUUGAGACUACUUAUGACGAACCAGGUGAUGAUACUGAUGAAGGAGAUUUGUAAUGCAUGACAAUUCAGUUGAGGGCUGAAUGAAGUAUGGUGCUGUAGAAUGUUGCAUGUUGACAAUUACUGUCUGUGACCAUUUCUCAAGCUUGUUCAUGAAUAAGUGUGGAGAAUGAGGUGAUAAGACAAGUGGGGCAUGAAGUAUGACUAGCUCAUACGUUGACCCCCAUUAUUGCUUGUAACUUGAUGUAGUGCUUUGUUGUUGACCAUGUGCACCAUCAAAGCUUGCCAUUGUUUAACCCAUCAAUUCAACAAAUUACUUUAAUUGCUAUUCCAGUAUAAAGCAAUCUAUUUGUUUUGAAUUUGAAAGCAGCCAAACAAUAAGUUACCAGCCAAUCAAAAAAUUAAAAACCAAUGAGCAAUGACAAGUAAAAUAAAGCUUCUUCUCUCACACUAUCUUCUUUAGAAAGGACUGCUAUUGGGGGCUUUCCUUGCAACUAUACAGAUAUUCUAUUGCAUCCUUUUUCUGUCUUGUCUACUGUAAAUAUUCAUUUUUGUAAUUAAAUAUUUUGAUCGUUAGCAUUUUAGUGAAAUGUCAAUGAAUUUAGACCCCCCCCCCCCCCUGCCUGUACUAUUUCAAUGUUUUAAAGAAAUCAUGUUUGAUUUUGUUCUUUAAUAUCAGAAUGGAAAUAUUCUAAAUAAUUUUGUUUUACUGCUUCUAAUUCUAGAUUCGUACAAUGAAUUGUAUUGAAUCUAUUUUAAUUGAAAUUAGGUAAAAAUGUUUUUACAUUAUUUUUGUUUCUAUUAUGGUACACAAUGGUGUUGUGAUUACACUAAUGUAUAGUGUCUAGUCUGCCUGUUGCAAAUAUAAUAAUUUGUAACACAUUCUUUGCAGCUUGUAUUUACUUUAUACCAUCUUAAAACAACAAACAAAUUUUUAUGAUUUUUUUUUUUAAAACAGAUAAUAAUGGAUGGUGUAAUAUGUUUAGUACAUUGUUUUUUUUUUAUGUGGUUAUUUUAAAACUUUAUUGUAGUUGUCAAUAUGGUUUUGGGCUUAAAAAAAAUGUUUGAGCUAAUUUAUUUUUUAUCUAAGCAGUAGUAAAAGUAAAGUAGAUGCAACAGAAAUUUAUUUUACUUCUUGAUUAUUUUUUUUCAAUGAUAUAUACAACUACCAGUGACAAAGAUUGUGUUGUGUGUGUACUUCGGUCCAUUCUGAGAUAAUCAUUUUUAAGCAUCAUUGGACAAAUCCUUGAAGUUUGAGGCGCCAUCUUAAAAUAUUAUCACGUCUAAUACUGUAACAUUUCUUAUCAUUUACUGUUUAGUCAUAAAAUCAGGAAAUUGUACAACUUUUUAUAACAUAGGAUCUGCUAAGCUACGAUAAGAAAACCGAAAUUUAUUAUAUACCUCUCUACUGAAGUAUCAUGAAGCCAAAUCACUUCAUCAAAAUUAAAGGAACUGGUAGAGAAAAGACUAAAGCCUAGUGAUGUGUUUGGCAUUAAUCUUAUCAAUCUCUGCUUAAAAAAUGAAAUACCAUAUUUUUAAAUAUUGCAGCUACCAAACUAAUGGACAAUUAUAAUUUAUGGCACCUCAGUGUGAAGUAAUUAAUAAUUUAUAUACGAUAUAAACAAGUUGACCAUAAAUUAGCUUUAAAUUCAACAACAAAUAUUUUCUUAGUUUUGCUUUUUUUUUAUAUUCAAAGAUUAUUUGUUUGGUGUAAUGCACAAAUUGUUAGAUAAAUUUCCAUACGGACAAUAAAGAUUAUUAUUAUUAUUAAUCAUAAAUUAAAUCAUUAGAUCUACCUAGAUAUAUCUCAAAACAAGCUUCAAUCACUGCUCAACUGAAUUUGCAGAUUGAACUUUUUUAAUCAGUGCAUUCUCAAUUUGAACACAAAUUUCAUUAGAAUAAAUAAUAAAUACUUUAUUAACUAAAAAAUUAAAAACAUU